CGUGUGCUUUGAUUUUGCAGAGUAAAACUUUGGAGGUUGAGGUGAUCAGUGAUACGUCCACUAUUGCGUUAUUUGGGGAUACUAUGAGGGCAGUGAGGAGAGCAUAUAUUUUAGCUCGCGUGGAAGAGGAUCAAUUUUUGUCCGUCUGA